GAACCUCAAGGAAUCAGGCCCCACCUAAAGCAUCAGCCCAGUAGGGAAAAGCUUCAUUCCGCGCCUUUACUUUGUGCCUUUCUUUUACAGUUAGUAAACCAUCUUCAUUUUUGGCAUGAGCUCAAACAGAGGAGCUCGGGAGAGUGGAACUACUCCGGCAGCCGUAAUUUCCACCGCCAUGGCCGCACCGUCUCCCGAUAGUCUCAAGGAAUGUUGGUGGGUGGUUGAUAUGAGACGACCGCAAGAAGCGUCCACCCUCCUUGUGUUAAGCUGUGGUAAAGCUUACGGAUGGAUAUCCUCGUACGCGCAGCGAAUCUUGAAAUCAUAUCGUCAAUUUUUGGAGCUCAAGCAGAUCAUGGAAGACUGGAAUAGCACGCUCCUUGUUCCCGCUAGACCAGUGGAACUUAUGUGGCGUGAGCAUGUGUCUCAUACGCAGCACUAUUUUGACGCGUGUAGUCUCUUGUUUGGAAGACUCAUUAAUCAUAUCCCUGACCAAGAAAUGGACCAAGUGGCUCGAAAGAUUCGCAUUCAAACGACACAAACAGCUCUCAAGGCUCGCUUUGGGAAACGAGCGAUUGAUCAGGAAGUGUGGACUUUUGAAAGUCUAACAAUAGGCUGUGCUGUGGCUCGCAAGCAGCACCAGAAAGUUCCCCACUUGUCGAAAGCCCCAUCGAAGCGAAAACGGGCACCAGCCGAUUCCCUGAAUAAGCUGUCAUUUGCUCACGCUAGUGCUGCAUCAAUGACGUCAACUGAAGAAACUUUGAAUAAAAAUGGGAAACUGAGAAUCCGUAUUCAAGCCAAUACUGUAGCGCCUGAUCCUCUUAUGGUAUCGUCCAUUGGAAGUGUCACUCAACCACGGCCUCGAAAACGUGUUACCGAAGCGGGAUUGAUUGCGCCUCGAUGUCCCCCUCUCCAACUCGAGGACGGCAGUUUCGCCCGUCCACCAGGUCGCGCACCGACGGAUUGUUAUUGGGAUACCGCUAAAGGCAUGUAUGCCCCCAACAUCGCACCGGAAGUUUUUUUGAAACGGACGGACGAGGGGAAGUCCAGCUUCACUGGUACACCUUUAGAGAACGAUAAUAUGGCAGCGUCUUCGAAACCUCGCGGCUCUGUCGGGAUGUCUCAGGCAGCCGAAGCCACAAGAGUUUUUGAUUUGGCCAUGCAGACCGAGACGCUGGAUGCGAGCAGUGUUUUUCCAAAGCGUCGUCUCCGAUUGUCCUUGAAACGGCCGUUUCAUUCAACAACACUUGAACGAAAUGUAGGGAAGAAAGGAACGACAAAGAACGAAAAAAGUAGAUUGGAAAAGAAAUCCAGAACGACUGGUCAGUUCGAGGAGAUUGACGUUGUGGACCUCUCUAAUAAGUCAGAUUUGGCUGUCUUGAAUACGCACUCUUACAAACGUCGGCACCGUCUACCACCUAUUCGAUUCCGAGAUACAAAUCCAGUUGAGGAUGCACCUCGCCAUGUCCUAAUGAACGAUCCCGCAAUUCCAAUUGAUGCAUACAAGCAAACAUCAGGAUGUCUAUUGGUCUCCGACAACGCCGUAGACACGUCCGUAACGUCGACUGAGAGUCGCGUCGUGAACGAAACUUCCCAAUGUGUGACACCUUUGGGUCUAGAGCCAUUCGAUUCUAGGCGGGAAGUCGAGCCUGGUCUGUCGAUCUACAAAAGCGUUUCUCGCAGAGGGAGACAGGCCUCCUGGUCCGAUUCCGCGACUGCGCGGUUGUAA